AUGCGUCUCUCCCUCGCAGCCCUUCUCCUGCUCCCUCUCGCCCGGGCGACCUCACUCUCCUUCCCCGAACGCCAGGCCCCAGCCGUCAAGUCCUCCAAGACCGUUCUCUCCCUGGCCGUCCCCCUUCCUCACCUCUCCUCGCGUUCUGCCAAUACAGCUCGCGACCCGGUGCCUCACCCACUCCUGAACCUCCUCGACACGCGCCAAGACGGCUGCGGCCUCCGCGGCGUCGAGUGUGACUCCGAGUGGUGCGCCCCUUUCUCCGGCAUCUGCUGCGGCUGGGGAAACGGCAGCUACUGCGAUAUCGGCACCUCGUGCGACUCGGGUGGCUGCUGCCCGCUCGGCAAGAUCUGUACCGGUGACCCCUCGGGCUGCACAGAGGGCCAGGAACCCUGCGGCGACAACCAGUGCAUGCCUGAGGGUGCUGUGUGCUGCGGCAACGGCGGCCACUGCGCCGCCGGCGAAACGUGUACCAGUGAUGGCAGGUGCUCGACCGGUGGCGGAGGCGGAGGAGGAGGCGGUGGUGGUGGCGGCGGCGGCGGUGGUGGUGGUGGUGAUGACGGAUGUCCCGUUGGACAAGAGGAGUGCGGAUCCCUCUGGUGCAUGCCCGUCGGAUCGAACUGCUGCUCGCCCGGCAAGUACUGCGAUGCUGGUCUCACCUGCGCAGGUGACGGCUUCUGCUCCGGAGGUAGCUCCGGCGGUGGUGGUGGUGGCGGUGGCGGCGGCGGUAGCGAUGGUGGGUGUCCCUCGGGCAAGGAGACGUGCGGUGACCGUUGCAUGCCGGAGGGUUCCGUCUGCUGCUCAUCCGAUGGCUACUACUGCGAUGCCGGUGCGACCUGCCGACAGGACGGCUCCUCAUGGCGAUGCCCCAUCGGCGGUGGCGGCGGCGGUGGCGGCGGCGGUGGCGGCGGCGGCGGCGGUAGCGAUGGUGGGUGUCCCUCGGGCAAGGAGACGUGCGGUGACCGUUGCAUGCCUGAGGGUUCCGUCUGCUGCUCAUCCGAUGGCUUCUACUGCGAUGCCGGUGCGACCUGCCGACAGGACGGCUCCUCAUGGCGAUGCCCCAUCGGCGGCGGUGGCGGCGGUGGCGGCGGUGGCGGCGGCGGCGGCGGCGGCAGUGGAGAUAACUCAGACGACGACACUACCACGUCGCCCGAUCCCACACCCAGGCCAUCCUUUUCACCCCCGAGUGGUGACGACGAUGACGACACCGAUCGCCCUACCCCCGUCGCCGUGCCGACCACGUCGUCUCCGCGCGCCUUGGGCGCCCCUACCACAACGGAGGCCCCGUUGGCGACAGGCGCAUCGGGCUCGGGCAAUACCUCCUCAGACGCCGUGCAGCGCAGCGUCAGUGGCCUCGUCUUCGUGGCCGCUCUCGUCUUUGGCGUGGCGCUGACUCUGUGA